UCAAAAAUCAGCAGCCUUGGACAGCAUAUGCAGUUUGGUUGGCUGGUGGAUAUACCGCCCCUUCUGCUUCCAGUGCUUGUUUGUUAGCAGUAAAACUAAAAAUGCUUUUAUGGUAUAACUCCUAGAGUCUGGCCCAAUCAACUCUCAAAAGCCACUUUUGUGAUCAGAAUCAGCAGCAGGCAGCAGGCAGCAGCAAGAAGCAAAGUUAAGCUGGCAACAGAGCUCUGUUCUUAUCUUGUCCUGUUGAUUACAAGUAUAUAAGCAAAUUUACUGGAUUUUAGCUCGGAAUUGACGAUUGAGAGAGAUUUUUGUGAGCACUGAGACCUCAAGUUUCACAGGAUUUCACUGGUUAUUCAAGAAUGAAUACUCCCAAAAUCAAGCGAAGAGUAGGUAAAUAUGAAGUGGGAAGAACAAUUGGUGAAGGGACAUUUGCAAAAGUUAAAUUUGCAAGGAAUUCUGAGACUGGGGAACCUGUAGCUCUCAAGAUCCUUGACAAGGAUAAGGUCCUCAAGCACAAAAUGGCUGAACAGAUAAAACGUGAAGUAGCCACAAUGAAGUUGAUAAAGCACCCGAAUGUUGUUCGCCUGGAUGAGGUGAUGGGGAGCAAGACCAAGAUAUAUAUAGUUUUGGAGUUUGUCACUGGCGGGGAGCUAUUUGACAAAAUAGUAAACCAUGGACGUAUGCGAGAAGAUGAAGCAAGGAAAUAUUUUCAGCAACUUAUUAAUGCAGUUGAUUAUUGUCAUAGCCGCGGGGUGUAUCAUAGAGAUCUAAAGCCAGAAAAUCUGCUCCUGGAUGCUUCAGGGAAUCUCAAGGUAUCUGAUUUUGGACUCAGUGCUCUUUCUCAGCAAGUCCAGGCUGAUGGUUUGCUUCAUACUGCAUGUGGAACUCCAAACUAUGUAGCUCCUGAAGUUCUCCAAGAUCACGGCUAUGAUGGGGCAACUGCAGAUUUGUGGUCUUGCGGAGUCAUAUUAUUUGUAUUGCUUGCAGGUUACUUGCCAUUUGAUGAUUCUAAUGUUAUCAAUCUAUAUAAAAAAAUCUCUUGUGCGGACUACACUUGCCCGGCUUGGCUUUCAUUUAGUGUCAGGAAGCUUAUUACCCGAAUCCUGGAUCCAAACCCAAUGACUCGCAUCACUAUAUCUGAAAUUCUGGAAGAUGAGUGGUUUAAGAAAAAUUACAGACCACCGGUCUUCAACGAGAAAGAAGAUACAAACUUGGAUGACGUUGAAGCUGUUUUUAAGGAUUCUGAAGAACAUCAUGUAACAGAGAAAACGGAAGAGCAACCAGUCGCCAUGAAUGCAUUUGAGUUGAUAUCAAUGUCGAAAGGUCUCAACCUUGGGAAUCUGUUCGAUGAGGAAUUCAAGAGGGAAACGAGGUUUACAUCUAAAUGCCCUGCCAAUGAGAUAAUCAAUAAAAUUGAACAAGCUGCGAAGCCCCUUGGCUUUGAUGUUCGCAAGAAGAACUACAAGAUGAGGCUAGAAAACGUAAAAGCGGGAAGAAAAGGAAACCUUAAUGUUGCCACUGAGGUAUUUCAAGUUGCUCCUUCUCUUCAUAUGGUUGAGGUGCGAAAGGCAAAAGGAGACACUUUGGAGUUCCACAAGUUUUAUAAGAACCUUUCAACCAGCCUAGAGGAUGUAGUUUGGAAAACAGAGGAUGAUAUGCAAGCAAAGUAGAUCCUUACCAGGAUCAAGAGUAGUAUUAGCUCUUUUUCUAUGCUUCCGACCAAUGUUGUGGUUGUCUAGUUGUCAUUCUUUGGUAGCUUUCUUUUGUGGGACCUUUUUCUCCCACGAGAGAAUCGAUGAAGAGGUUUUCUGAUUGAUUGUGUAGAUAAAUUUGGAGUGUCUAUAGUUCCAAUUGAGAUGGUGUAAUGUGUAGCCUUGAGCUCAAGUCUUAGUUACGAGAAUUGUUUAGUGGUGGGAUUUGCUGUCAUAUAGCCCAUGAAAAAGAAACAUCGAGAAGUUCUUUCUCUUGGUCAUUGUGUUUAACUGAAAUGCGAUUUCUUAAUAAUCAUACUGAAUUUUUGUUCUGUCCGACAAAAUUUAAGCU